AUGAUACCUCAUCCUUCUGUGUUGGAAAUCUUCUUAAUCUUGAACAAAGAAUGGAAAUAUAUUUAUUUAAGUAUAGUAUCUGCAGUGCAGUAUUGCCAUCAAAAGCAUAUUGUUCAUAGAGAUCUCAAGGCUGAAAAUCUAUUGCUAGAUUCAGAUAUGAACAUAAAAAUAGCUGACUUUGGUUUUAGCAAUGAGUUUACAGUUGGAAAUAAACUGGACACCUUUUGUGGCAGCCCACCAUAUGCUGCUCCAGAGCUUUUUCAAGGGAAAAAAUAUGAUGGACCUGAAGUAGAUGUUUGGAGUUUAGGUGUUAUUCUUUAUACCCUUGUGAGUGGAUCUCUUCCUUUCGACGGACAGAACUUAAAGGAACUCAGAGAAAGAGUGCUAAGGGGAAAAUACAGGAUUCCUUUCUACAUGUCCACAGACUGUGAAAACCUCCUCAAACGUUUCCUGGUGCUAAACCCAACAAAAAGAGGCACUCUAGAGCAAAUUAUGAAGGACAGGUGGAUCAAUGCAGGGCAUGAGGAGGAUGAACUUAAACCUUUUGUUGAACCAGAACUUGACAUCUCGGACCAGAAAAGAAUAGAUAUUAUGGUAGGAAUGGGAUAUUCUCAAGAAGAAAUUCAAGAAUCCCUUAGUAAAAUGAAGUAUGAUGAAAUUACAGCUACAUACUUACUGCUAGGAAGGAAAUCGUCAGAGUUGGAUGCAAGUGAUUCAAGCUCCAGCAGCAAUCUUUCACUUGCCAAAGUUAGGCCAAGUAGUGAUCUUAAUAAUAGCACUGGACAAUCUCCUCAUCACAAAGUUCAGAGAAGCAUAUCUUCUAGCCAGAAACAGCGGCGGUACAGUGAUCACGCUGGACCAUCCAUCCCCUCAGUAGUGGCAUAUCCCAAAAGAAGCCAGACUAGUACUACAGACAGUGACCUCAAAGAGGAAGGAAUUCAGUCAAGAAAAUCCAGCAGUAGUGCUGUUGCAGGAAGAGGAAUUGCACCAGCUAGUCCAAUGCUUGGAAAUGCCAGCAAUCCCAAUAAGGCUGAUAUUCCUGAACGUAAGAAAAGUUCGGCUGUUCCUAGUAAUAAUACUGCCCCUGGAGCAAUGACACGGCGCAACACAUAUGUUUGUAGUGAAAGAACCACUGCUGAUAGACAUUCAGUGAUACAAAAUGGCAAGGAGAACAGCCUGACAGAAAUGUUCGCUUACGCAGCUAGCCCUGCUUCAGUUUGCACUACAUCCUUCUCCAGUGUUCGGCUGCGACAUCAGAAGUCGAUGUCCAUGUCAGCCUCUGUGCACACGAAGAUGAUGUUGCCUCCAAUAGACAAUGGCGCAGAUAACUUCAGGCCUAUCACUAUUCCCGAUCAAAGAACUCCUGUUGCUUCAACUCACAGCAUUAGCAGUGCAACCACACCUGAUCGUAUUCGUUUCCCCAGAGGAACAGCUAGUCGGAGCACUUUCCAUGGCCAGCUCAGAGAGCGACGUACCGCUACCUACAAUGGACCGCCAGCCUCUCCUAGUCUGUCCCAUGAAGCAACACCACUCUCACAGACCCGAACGAGGGGCUCCACUAAUCUAUUUAGUAAACUAACAUCAAAACUAACAAGAAGAAACAUGUCAUUCAGGUUUAUCAAAAGGCUCCCAACUGAAUAUGAGAGGAACGGGAGAUUUGAGGGCUCAAGCCGCAAUGUAGCUGUGGAUCAGAAGGACGAGAACAAGGAAGCCAAACCUCGGUCGCUGCGUUUUACCUGGAGCAUGAAAACCACCAGCUCCAUGGAUCCCAAUGACAUGAUGAGGGAAAUACGAAAGGUCCUGGAUGCCAAUAAUUGUGACUAUGAACAAAGAGAGCGUUUCUUACUUUUCUGUGUCCAUGGAGAUGGGCAUGCGGAAAACCUUGUACAGUGGGAGAUGGAGGUGUGUAAACUGCCAAGACUGUCCCUGAAUGGAGUUCGCUUUAAGCGGAUAUCGGGAACAUCCAUAGCUUUUAAAAACAUUGCUUCCAAAAUUGCCAAUGAGUUAAAGCUGUAACAAGAAAAAUAGUUAAGUUGUAAAUUAGUUAGCAAUUUCAAGUGUUUUUGAGAAUUCCGAUGGAAAUGUAUAGAAUAACAUUUAGGCAAUAACUUCUGCAUCCUUCUGAAUAGUGAUAUUAAAAAAAAAAAAAAAAAAAAAAAGCUGCUGAGCUGGGAGGGAGAGUUGGACUUUUUUAUAAGUGCACUACAGCAUUAAAGUUGCCUACUAUGUAAAAUAUUACCCCUUCUGCUUUAUUUCCAUUGCUCCUAAGUCUUUGACAACAAAUUGAAACACAGAAUAUAUUCAUUAAAAUAUGCCUCCUGUUUGUGUGGAUGUGUGAAUGUACAGUAUGUGUGUAUAAUAUAUAAAGUAUUAUAUGUAAACAAAUCAUUUACAACAUCGAGCUGUACCAGUACCUCUUUCUGGGCUAAUUUUGGUGCUAAAAAUUGAAAUGGCCAAGGAGGAAACACUUGAGUUGAUAUUUAAAAUAACUGAAGCGAUAACCAGUAAAUGCAGGUUUACAGUUCACUGCUGUGUUAAGGAAAAAAAAACAAGUGUGUGAAGGGUUUGGAUUUACGGUUGUGAACAUUAUUAGUCCUAUUUUCUAAGUAGAUCUCAUGAGAUUAUUAAAAAUUCACUUUUCCUGAGUAA